AAAAAAAAAUCUGCCGAUUUAGUAGACAGUAUUUGAACAAGCCUUGCACAGCUGUUGCCGGUGUUGUCUGCGUCGCCAUGGCUCUCUACCGUCUCGUGGCCUUGAUCAGGAACCCCUCCGAUGAAGACUUCCUUGUAGUCCAGCAGAUUCCGCCGCCACUUCUACCGGAAGAGGAGUACCGAGGUUUCGUGGAUUCCGAACUCUGGGACUUGCCCUCGGCGCCUCUGAAUCCUCUGGAGGGAGAUCGGAGGUCGCAUACAGUCAUCGAGGGCUCCAGUUCUCUCUCGAAUGAGCUCGAUUUGAGCAAGUUCGAUGUCGAUUCCUCUCUCGAACAGGUAUUAUCCAUAGUGCGUCUGCAGACCACAUUUGAUGGAAUAUGGUCGGUAUGGAAAUAUGUCAAGGAACCUGAAUUUGGUCCAGGACCUGUUAUCAAUACAUUGUUUAUAGUUGGAUUUGUGAAAUCGAAGGAAGGAAUAAUUGCAGAGUCAUGCUGGUGGUUGGCCAAGGAGAGUGCCUUGGGUUUGCUUGAGGAAGUAAAACCAAAUGCCAUCCGUGUUGGGCCUUAUGCAUUCACAGUACUUAGUUCUAAAUUGGACCAUGCUACAAAUUUUAGAGCCGUUUGUUCCUUGCAUUAUCAGGAGUACCCUCCAGGUAUCAUAAUUGUCCCAAUGAAAAGUCGAACGGCGAAGCCAUUUCACACAACAAAUCUGGUUGUAGUUGUUGCAAAUAAUGCAUUUCAUGAACCAAAAGAAUCUAAUUUUGUUGCUAAUGGAGAAGCUCUUCUUGUAGAUCCUGGAUGCUCUUCGCAGUUUCAUGGUGAUCUCGCAGAUCUUGUAGCUGUGUUACCAAGAAAGUUACUAGUGUUUGUUACUCAUCAUCACUAUGAUCAUAUUGAUGGCCUCACAGUUAUCCAGAAAUGCAAUCCUGAUGCAGUUCUGUUGGCACAUGAAAACACUAGUCAUCGCAUAGGAAGAGAUGAAUGGCAUCUUCAUCGAACUUUACUAUCUGGCGGGGAGAAGAUAAAAGUUUGUGAUCAUCAAUUGGAAGCAAUUUUUGCACCGGGUCAUACAGAUGGUCAUCUUGCUUUACGUCAUGCUUCCACAAAUUCACUCAUUGUUGGGGACCAUUGUGUAGGGCAGGGGAGUGCUCUUCUGGAUGUUAGAACUGGUGGAAAUAUGAAGGAUUAUUUCCAGACGACAUACAAGUUCUUGGAGCUCUCACCACACGUCUUAAUUCCAAUGCAUGGUAGAAUCAACCUUUGGCCAAAACAGAUGCUUUGUGGCUACCUGAAGCAUCGCAGAGCCCGGGAAUUAUCCAUUUUGGAGGCUAUUGAGAGUGGUGCAGAAACAUUAUAUGAUAUAUUGUCAAGAAGUUAUGCUGAUGUGGACAUCAAGCUCUGGAUUCCUGCUGCAUCAAAUGUUAGGCUUCAUGUGGACCAUCUUGCCUAUCAAGAGAGGCUUCCAAAGAAUUUCUCGAUGCAUACAUUCCGUGCUUCCUGUCGUCUUCAUUUUGCUUCUCGAUGGCUGUGGACAUAUUUAAGGAGAAGAGGUAUCAUUGGAGCUAUCGCUGUUGUUGGAGUCUCAAGUUUAGCCUUUCUUUUGGCACUUAAAUUAUCAUAAUUUACUCUGAUGUAUGGAACAUGAACCGGUAAUCUUGCUGCAAUGGAGUUGACUAUUUCGGGAUAGAUAUUAUUAUAAUGAUAAUCUUGCUAUAAUAGAGUUGACUAUUUCGGGAUGGAUAUUAUUAUAAUGGGUAACAAAUGGAUUCUCA